AUGUCUACAGCCUAUGUGAGGCAGCCUCCUCCUUCACCUCCUGGAAGCGCAUCUGAGGCCACCGUCGAGGUCUUUGCCCUCCAAGCCGGUCACUUCUCCCUGCCCGAACGGUUCUUUGUCCACCCAGCCUCGACCACUGCCAAAAGAACCGUCCCUUCGCUGUCCUUCUUGGUCGUUCACCAGGACCCAGAAACAAAUCACACCACGCGGAUAGUCUUUGACCUUGGUUUACGACGAGACAUCAACCGCUACUCGGCGCCUAUCCAGAAGCAUGUCGAGAGCCGACAGCCAUUGACGACCCUACCUGAUGUGACAAGAAGUCUUGCCGCUGGAGGCCUGCACCCGGCCGACAUUGAUUAUGUGAUAUAUUCUCAUGUGCAUUGGGAUCAUGUCGGAGAGCCUUGUGACUUUCCCAGCUGCACCUUUGUUGUUGGCAACGGAUCCGGCGCUCUGAUGCACAGCACAGGGUCGUUGCGAGGAAGCCAUUCUUUCUUCGAGGCAGAUUUGUUGCCAGCUGAAAGGACAAUCGAAUUGUCCAACCCUUACGAAGAGGUAGAUGAAGGGACCAAUAAGGAAGAACUGGAUCCGAACGCACCCGAUUUUGUACAAGAAUGGAGGCCCUACGGGAGCCUGCCCCGGGUUUUGGAUAUCUUCCAUGAUGGCAGCUUAUACAUUGUCGACUCGCCGGGCCACUUGCCGGGUCACAUCAACCUGCUGGCCAAGAUCGGUCCGGCGACCAGUGUUUAUCUGGCCGGUGAUGCCUGUCAUGACCGGCGCAUCAUGAGGAAGGAGAAGCAAAUAGGGGAGUGGCUUGAUGAUCAAGGGCAUCUAUGUUGUAUCCAUGCCGACAAGAACCUAGCCGAACAGACCAUCGGCCGGAUUCAAGAGCUGGAGUCGAGUGGCAUUGAAGUUAUCUUUGCGCAUGACUUCGAAUGGGAAGAGAAUCCACGCAAUCAGUCGCGAUUCUUUGGUCAGUCGAGGAACUGA